CUUGGGAAGACACUACUGUGCUGGUGGCCGUGGACAUGGAGGGCAAGGUGUGGAAGACCAUCUCCAUGCCACGCGGACAGUUCUAUUAUAGGGUUGGGUGGUCACAGGGUUGCCUGCACUAUGCUACUAUAUCUCCAGUUCCUCUCACUGCCAGCAACGACGACGAUGAAGAUUCACUCAAGAUGGCUGAAGAGGUUGCGAUCUGGCGCCUUGAGGAUUAUGAUACCCAACAAUGGGCCCUGAAGCACAGUUUCAGAAUCGAUGAGGUGCUGAACCUAGCUGAGGUGGAGUACCAGCUGGUUGGGUUCCAUCCCGAUCGUGACAUCUUCUUCUUUGUCAGCAUGGGUCUUUUUGAUGGCGAUGCACGAGAUGCGGCUUCAUUGCUGUCGUGGGACAUGCGACGUCACCAACUCUCAAGUGUGCUCGAUCUCGAGAAAUGCAGUGUCGGGCCAUAUCGGCCUUAUGUUCCUCUCUUCUCAUCAGAGCCACUAGCAGAUGCAGAUGGGCACUAAUUCAGUUUGAUUUCUGCUUGGGCUUGCUCCGAUCAAUGGAAUAAUCAUAGAGACUGAAGGACGCCGGGUACUCCCAAGCCGUGGCGUCUCAGCUCGCUAAGGUGGCCGUGGACUUCUUCCUGUCCUAUGGGUCGCAGCAGGAUUGGAGUGGGAUGAUGCUACAUGAGAUAUGUUUGAUAUAUUGUCGUUGCGUUCGGUUACCCUUUAUAUGGAUGAGGGGGUCAUCUUUCGAUUACCCUUUAUCAGGUGGUUUAUCUUGGAGUCUGGUUAUCUCGUUUUGAGCUGGCGAGUGUCAUGUUAUGGGCGCUUGCCUGGGUGGCCUAUUUCUUUGUUGUUCUGGAUUGGUACUUGCAUUCUUGUGGUCUGACGGCUGUUUCAUCGGUUUCAUUUCAAUGAAAUGAAAUCGGGGCGAAAUCUCCUUAGUGUGAAAAACAAUCAGCAAGGUCGGGAUUGUCCUUUUGGACAAGAACAAAUAAACAGCUCAGGCUUAAACAUCUGUUCAUUUCAGCUGACAUCUGUUGCUUCAUGUAAACCACUGUUCAGUUAUCUUGGCCAAACGAACAUCAUUCUUUUCUUUUA